AUGGAGAACAACAUUCUCCUGAAUCAUAUUCUAUGUUCUUUGGGAUUCGAGACGUACAUGACUGGCGCGCGCUUGUACAGAAACCAUCAAAGUCAUAAUCCUGGCUGGUCUGGUUGGGAGCAUGCUAUCAUUAUAGUCACUAUACCUGAAGACAAAACUCGCUACGUUGUUGACGUCGGAUAUGGAGGCCAUGGUCCACGAUGCCCUCUCCCACUUCCUAGUUCGGAACUCCAGGGGACAAGCUCAUCCGGCUACGUCAUUCACAAUAUCGGAACACAGGACAUGCGCCUACAACACAACGACCUGGAUGCGCAGAUGAAGAGACACUGGGUAUAUCAGAUUCGCAACAGCCCGGAACAGAUGUGGAACGAUGUCUACGCUUUCACCGAGAUAGAAUUCACUCACAAGGAUUUCGAAGUGAUGAACUUCUUGAACUUCUUCACUAGCAAGAGCCCCCAGUGCUCCCUUACGACGCAGCUUCUUGUGGUCAAGUUCUUGCGGAGUGACGAUGACAAAUGUGAUGUUGUCGGCAAGGUGGUUCUAGAUCAAGCAAAGCUCAAAGAGUAUCGCGACGGCAAGCAUGGUCUGGUCAAAGUAUGCGAAUCAGAAAGUGAACGAAUUCAAGUACUGCGCGAUUUCUUCGGAAUUGUUGUUGAACAAGAAGACAAAAGUUUCAUUUCGACACGCUCGUCUCUCGAUACAGCAUGA